UAAAACAAGAUUAUACUAAUUAAUUAUGAAUCUUUUAUUCUUGAAAUGUGAUUACUAAACAAAUUAGCAACCACGGCAAAGAACUAAUUAGUCCAAAUCACAGUAUUUGGUAAGGAAAACUGAUAAAAACUAGUAAAACUUUUCUCAUAUUCAAGAAUCAAUAUAUACUAGUAUCUCCAAAGAAAUAUAUACACCAUUAAUUGCCUCCAUCGUACAAUAUUUCUCUUUAGUUGAAAAUAUCUGUUUAAUCUCUUCAUUAUGGCUGUACUUGAUAUGAAGUUCCUAGUUCUUGUUUUGGCGAUUCUUGGAAUAUGGGCGUCUCAAACUACAGCGCGUACACUUCCUGAAGAAUUCAUGAUGCAAAAAUACGACCAAUGGAUGAUUCAAUAUGGACAUGUAUACAGAACCAUUGCUGAAAAAGAGAGUCGUUUCAAGAUAUUCAAGGAGAAUGUAGAGCGUAUCGAAGCUUUCAAUGAUGCAGCAAACCAACCUUAUAAGUUGGGAAUCAAUGCAUUCGCAGAUUUAACUAACGAGGAAUUUAGAGCUGCGAGAAAUGGUUUGAAGAUUCCAUUUUGUGAACCAAAAAUUACUUCAUUCAAAUACGAAAAUGUUACUGCAGUUCCAACAGCUAUGGACUGGAGAACUAAAGGUGCAGUCACACCUAUCAAGGAUCAAGGACAAUGUGGGAGUUGUUGGGCAUUUUCUGCGAUAGCAGCAACAGAGGGAAUCACCAAACUCUCGACAGGAAAGUUGAUCUCUCUAUCAGAACAAGCACUGGUGGACUGUGAUAGAACGCGUGAAGACCAAGGAUGUGAAGGUGGUUACAUGGAAGACGCGUUUGAAUUCAUAGUGAAGAACAAAGGCAUAACAACUGAAAAAACAUAUCCAUACACAGCUGCUGAUGGAAGUUGCAACUCGAAAAAGGAAUCUUCCCCUGCAGCUGAUAUCAAAGGCUACGAAAAGGUACCUGCAAACAACGAGAAAGAACUACUCAACGCUGUAGCAAAUCAGCCUGUUUCAGUGUCCAUCGAUGCUAGUGACUUCUCAUUCCAAUUCUACUCGAGUGGAGUUUUUACAGGCGCGUGUGGAACUGAAUUAGAUCAUGGCGUUACAGCAAUUGGAUAUGGAAAAGCUGUAGACGGGACUAAAUACUGGUUGAUCAAGAACUCAUGGGGUACUAGUUGGGGCGAAAACGGAUUCAUAAGGAUGGAAAGGGGCAUUGAUGCUAAAGAAGGACUAUGUGGGAUUGCCAUGGAUGCAUCUUAUCCAACUGUUUAAUUAAGUAUAUUGUACAUUAAUGUAUAGCAAAUCCAAGGCUUACUGUUUAUUAUUUCACUUGAUUAUGUAAAUGUGUUAAAGAACAUGUCAAUUUGUGUGUAUAUGAUCAAUUUGGAAGCUGCUUCAAGCUUUUCAUUAUCUGUACAUAACUUAUGUUAAAACUACAAUAUGAAGUACAUACUUCUGCUUGUGACAA